UGCGCGGGUUUGGCCCUGGCGUAGCCAUGGCGGCCUUCCGCGACUUGGAGGAGGUGAGCCAGGGGCUGCUCAGACUGCUGGGCGCCAACCGCGCCGAGACGCAGCAACGGCGAGUGCUGGAGCGCCACGAGCAGGUAGUGCAGCGGCUGCUGGAGACGCAAGACGGCGCCGAGCAGCAGCUACGAGAGAUCCUCGCCACGGAGGAGGAAGUGGCCCGGAAUCUCCUGGACGUGAAGGAGCGGGCGCAGCAGGGGGCAGCGGAGCUGCAGCAGCUGGAAGCCGAGCGUCAGAAGGCCGGAGAGGAGGACGCGCGACUGAAGGGCAGCCUGCUCCAGCUGGGCAGAGAGCUGGGGGAGCUCAAGGAGAUGGAGGCGGAUCUCGAGAGGCAGGAGAGGGAAGUUGACGAAGACACGACAGUCACGAUCCCGUCCGCCGUGUAUGUGGCUCAACUUUAUCGCCAAGUCAGUAAAAUCGAGUGGGAUUACGAGUGUGAGCCAGGGGUGAUCAAAGGCAUCCAUCACGGCCCCAGCAUCGCCCAGCCCGUCCACCUGGACAGCACGCAGCUCUCCAAGAAGUUCGUCAGCGACUACCUCUGGAGCAUGGUGGACACCACGUGGUAGCCCGGAGUGCCGUGGCCGUGUCUCGCCCGCAGCGGGACUCUUCCGUGGCGGGAUCAGUUCAACAUGAAAGGUUGCUACGUAGAUGGUUUUUUUCCAAACUGGAUUCCUUUUUCCCUCAAUUUUGGCCCCAGAUCCUGGGCUGGCCUCUGCCUGGUCGUGGGAAACUGACCUGGCCGUGCUCACAAGCCUGCGACACCACAUCUGUGGCAACGUGCCGCAAAUACCGCCGCGGUACUCGGUGACAGGUCCCAGGUAUUUGCCAUUUUUGAUUCAAGCUCAGCCCUUUUUUAUUCGUUCAGGGAGUCUCUCUGAGUGCUCCGGUGUGCCCAGGACUGUGCUGGGUGCCAGAGACACGGGUGCAAGUGACAAGGACCCCCCCUUGGUGCACGGAGGAUUCAACACAAGCAGACGCCACCUGCGAGCCGGGGUGGGGUCCGGGUUGUGACAGGCCCCCGGCUAGAGAGCGUGUGGGCUGCACGGAGACCAGAGCAACUUCUGUGAUGGGACUUACAAGGCGUUGGUCGUUCGGAGAAGCAGCGAAGGGCGGGUGGAUUGUGGGAUGUCCAUUCUGAGCAAUCUGCGGCCCGUCGGAUUCCACUCCUGGCACCAAAAAAAAAAAAAAAAGACUAAGGUUGUUGAACGAGGAGGCAGGUGCCCACUGGGGGCCGUGAGUUUAGCGUGGGACAGAGCCGUGUGUCGAGUGUGACCUAAUUAGAAGGACUGUAGAGCAAUCAUGGACGUUUUUGUGGGGGCUGUGGAGUAUACAAGCAAUUCUGAAUCUGGUUUUCCUUCAGGGCCCACUGCCCUCCCCAACGCUCUCGGAGCCCGUGACUCCAGGGUAGAGUGCGCCAGAGACCACUGGUUGCCUCCAGUUAAAACACAUUUCCCAGCCUCCUUGUAGUUAAGUUCCAGCCACUGAAAUGUACUUAGAAAUGUUUUACGAAAGUUCUAGAAAGAUCCUUAGAAAGCAAGUACACCUUUUCUUCCCCCUUCCUGUUUCCUAGAAUUUGGGCAU